AUGUCCCGUCCCAUCUCAUCUCUCCCUUUCCUUUUUCGUCAUGCCCCUUCAGUUCCUGCCCGCAAUGACCAAGCCGGCAAUGUCCUCGCAGAGCUUGUCGACGCUGGCAGCACCGAGAAUCUUCAUGACGCCCACGUCCUUGCCGACGUUCUUGAACACCCAGGAGCGUAUCUCGUUGCCGGCGAGCGAGUCGACGCCGAGGUCCGACAGGCCCAGGCUCAUGUCGAGGGGAGCACCGUCGCGCAGCUGCAGCAUCUUGCGGAGCUUGGUCUCGAGGCCGGCCGCCACGACCUGCUGAACGUCGGCGGCCGUCUGCGCGGCCUCCACCUUGUCCUUGAUGCUCUGUCGGUCGCCGGAUGCCUUUGCCGACGCGAUGCCCCGCCCGGCCUGCUGGAGCGUGUAGUGCGAGAAGCGCGGGUCGCGGUGCCAGUGCAGCGGCUCCGGGUCGUCGAUGCUGUACCGGCUCAGGCCCGUCGUCAGGUCCGCGACCGCGGCGCCGGGCUUCUGCUUGGAGGGUUUGCCCGCCGCGAUGGCCUCGAGGAACAUGUGGUGGAUGUCGCGCUCCGAGAUGGGCGGGUAGCCCUCGCGCUCCAGGCUGGCGUACAGAUUGUCCUUUUCGCGGUGCAGGAACCCGAGGCCGUAAAUGACGCCAAUGUUGAGCACCGACGCCGCCAGGCCGCGCCGGCGCCGGUCGGCAGCCAGCCCGUUCAUGUACAUGUUUGCGGCGGCGUAGUUGGCCUGUCCGGCAUGGCCACCGAUGGCGGCGAACGACGAGGUCAUGAUGAAGAAGUCGAGAUCGGGCGAGUCGAAGACGGCGUCGAGGUUGCUGGACCCAACCGUCUUGGGCCGCAUGACGCGCUGCAGCGUCUCGACCGUCAGCUGAGCAAAGACGCGGUCGUCGAGCACCAUGGCGCCGUUGACGACGCCGCCCACGGCCGGGCUGGUCGACGUGAGCCGCGUCUUGAGCGCGAGCACGCUGGCCCGGUCCGUCACGUCGAGCUUCUCCAUCAGCACCGUGCAGCCCAUGCGCGCCCGCAGCUCGUAGCGCCACAUGGUCUGCGCGUCGUCGGGCGGGCUGCGGCUCGCGAGCACAAUGUGGCGCGCGCCCUGCUCCGCCAGCAGCUGGCAGAGGGACUGGCCCAGGUCGCGCGUGAUGCCGACCAGGAUGUACGUCUUGUCCGGGCUGAGCAUGCUUGUGCCGACCACCGGGGGCGCCGGGUACGAGACGUUGCGCUCGGCGCGCCAGUCGACGACUUGGAAGGGCGACGUGGCAGGGGGGCCGGUGCUGUCCAGCAGCUUGGGGACGCUGGUGGCGGAUGCAGUGAUGGGCUCGUCGCACGAGGGCUGGAUCUGCAGGGCUUUCAUGUCCGCAAACUCGAUCACGUCCUCCAAGUCGCAGUUGCGCAUCUCGGUGACGUUGUACGUCAUCAGGAGCUCACCGCCAGGGUAGCACUCGCCCUUGCCGGCGACCGCGGCGCGGAUCAGGGCAGACACCGGCGACGACUCGUCCAGGAAGUUGUAGACCGAGAGCUUACCCAUCCUAGCAAAGACCUGCUCGAUGGGUGCGCGCGACUGGUAGCGAUGGACAAAAGUCCAGCCCGGGUUGCGCAUGGCGGCCUCCCGAUCCGUAGUGAAGACGGCGAUCUUGUACUGCGUCGACGCGAACAGCUGGGUGAUGAUGUUGUACAGGCACAUGUCGGGCUCCACGAGGACGAUGCUGCCGUUCUCGGGCUUGUCCAUGCACGCCAUGACCGCCAGGGUCCGGAGAGCCCAGGCGGCGCAGGCAGCCGAGGUGACGGCCGUCUCUGGCGCGUCAAAGAGCACUUGGCCAGGAGCCGGCUGGACCAUGGACGCAUUGCAGUCGCUGAACAGGACCACCGGGCGUCCCUUGCCGUCGAGCGAGAGCUCCCGGCCGACGCACAGGUAGCCCUUGUAGCUGCCGACGUCGAGAGGCUGCGACGAGCUGUAGAAGACCUGGACCGGGGGGUGCACCAAGGAAUUCGGCUUGGCCAGGUGGCCAGUGGGAGCAAUGCCCGAGUGAAGCUUGACCUCGUACCGAGUUUCGCCAGCAGAUGCGGCGGCGGCGGCGGCGGCGGCAGCAACAGGCACGAUCUCGACGCACUGCUCGCUGGUGUUGACCGUCGAGGUGAUGACCCUACGCGGCGCGUUGACGCGGUCGAUGGCCGGCCGGUAAGGCAGCACACGCGGGACGAGACGCCGACCCUUCUCGAUGUGGAUCUCGGGCUCGUGAGUCCAGAGCACCUUGCUGCCCUCGCCCGUGGUGAGCUUGCUGUGGCAGAGGCGGCCAAAGGUCUCGGUGAUGAUGGCACCCGCGCCGUUGAGCACCUCGAGGUCGAGAAGCUGGAGGUUGAGGUUGGGGAUCUCGGCGAGGAGCGUUCGGGCGAAACCGAAAGUGGCUGCGUGCUCCGGAUUGAGGUCGCGCGAGUGGAACGUGAUCCACAACACGGUGGUCUCGGGCCGCAUCAAGGUGCGGAUGCUCUCCAGACGUGCCGCCGUCAUUGUAGACAAGAUGGGCGUGUCGAGGUCCGCGAGCACAAUGGCUGCAGUGCAGGUGGCGAGGUCCUCAUGUUCGGCAUCUUCAAAGGAUGCAGCCGUGACCAGCCGCUCACAGUGGGAAUCGAGACCGGUCUUGAUGUAGUUCAGCAGCGACGAGGUUCGGUUGCUGCUGCCGCCCAGCAGCAAAAGCUUGGAAGUGAGCUGUGGCGAUCCAGGUCCUUCUCCGAGGGGGAACCGGAGCACAUCCUUGAAGGGAGACUCCGUCUGACGAAUUGUGAUGUGAAAGCCCGGGAUGUGCUGCUGAUCUCCAUUCUUGGCGGCAUUGACGAAGCCACACUCCUCGAGAACGUCAGGCCAAUCCGGUGGGGUGAUGUUGGACAUGGACGAUUCCACGGGCAGACCCGAGCAACGACGGAGGCGCUCUCUAAGCGGGCUGAGCGACGUAUCCACAAGCAGGAGCCAGGCUCCGGGGUUCAUCAGGGCGUGCAUCCUCUUGAGGAGAGCCACCGAGUCUCCGCCGGCAACAGUAGACAUGACAACGAGAUCGUGCUUCUCCCACUGCUCUUGCUCGUUGUCCAUGUCUUUGGUGAAGAUGCGGUCACGAACGCCAUGGUCAGCAGCUUGCAGGACGCGCUGCUCGAAGCUCGCCUCGACCUUGCCGGCCACGGUGAAGGUGGUGAAUGA